AAAGGCUCAUAUCCACAGCCUCAUGUGGUCGUCGCCCGACAGCAGCUUGAUCAAUUUGUCCAAUCGGCCCUAAGCCCUAUUUCUCAAAAUUUAGUCCUUCUGUAAUUACGGUGACGUUAUCAUGACACUUGGAGCAGACACAGCCAUCUCGCAGCAUCACAGAACAUUGGGCAAGGACACGAUCGCGCUGUUCGAGAGUUGCAGAAAGGGCGAUCUCUCCAAAAUCAGGCAUCUAGUCGAAGAACGAGAAAUCGAGCUGAACAUAAGGGACAGAUGGGAUGGCACGCCACUAUAUUAUGCUUGUCUAUGUGGUCACAAGGAGGUUGUGGAGUAUUUGCUAGAUAAUGGGGCCCGCUGCGUGGCCAACACCUUUGACGGAGAGCGCUGCCUCUACGCCAGCCUGAACGUGGGGAUUCGGAACCUACUCAGGGACCACAAAGUGGUCACCUCCAACACCAUGCGCCGAGAUGGCUAUGACCAGUUCCUUCGGAGGUGCUUGGACGACAGACAACACUGCGACAUCACCUUCCGCGUGGGGGGAGAGGAAGUGCGGGCGCACCGUUGCAUCCUGGCAGCCCGUUCCGAGUUCUUCCGCGACGCCUUCCAGACAAAGUGGAGAGGCCACAACGUCGUUCCUGUCACACACCACCUGGUGGAUGCCUCAGUCUUUCGAAUCAUGCUGCAGUACUUGUAUACAGGCCGACUCGAGAUGCAAGCAAGACAGUCCGACAGCCUUAUAGAGCUGGCCAAGCGUUGCAGGCUGACGUCCCUCGUAGAGCAGCUCCACGAUCUACUGGCGUCAAGUUCCUCGCGCAGGAAAGCCUGGAACGAGUUCAAGACAUUGCUGCUGGAGCCGUCCCAGUACGCGCAGGAGGUGCAGCGGGACUUGAGUCGCCUGGCCGAGCAGACGCUGCCAGCGGGGGACCGCGAGGUCUCGGCAGACGAGCGUUUGACAGGGGAUGCCGGUUACGCCGACGUGUGCUUCAACGUGCAUGGCUGUUACUACUUCUGUCACAAGGUGUUGUUCUGUAACCGUAGCGACUACUUCCGCGCCCUGAUUGAAGACCCCUUCACGGAGGCCCUAAGUACGGGAACCAGUAGGGCCGUGCCUGUGAUCUCCCUAAAUCACGUCACGCCAGAAGUCUUUAAGUGCGUCGUGCAGCACGUCUACGGGAACACUGCCACGGCGCUGGAGCCAGAGAAUGCGUGGGAGGUGGCAUGUGUGGCAGACGUGUACCUGCUGCCGGAACUGAGGCGCCAGUGUGGCCAGCUGAUUGGCGAAUGCCUGGACGAAGCCGGGGCCUGUUCCGCGCUCAGAGUGGCCAGGCUGCUGCGGCUGCACAGGCUGGAAGAGCAGUGUAUCGACUUCAUGGCCAGGCACCUUGCACAGGUGGUGCAGCGGCCAGAGUUCCGCGAAAUUGUGGCGCAGGACGCGAGCGAGGUCAAGCUCCGCCAGGAGACGGACUCCAUCUCGGUGAUCGACGACAUCCGCUACCACAUCGCCGCCAACGCCCGCUCGUGCGCCGAAGUGGAGCUGGCCAACCAGAAGCUGGCGCUCAUCGACGCGCUCCUGUCGGACAUGGGGCUGGAUGCCUGAAGGCCCGGUGCUUCGGUCGCGAGGCCGCCUCUAUGGUGCCGGGAAUGCGUCUAUGACUGGUGGGUUUAGCGCCCCAUCACAUCCGUGCCUGGCAAGUGGUCUACAAGUGGCUACAAAUGAUGUCACGAAAGCCGGAGUGUCACGCUGUCGGACUGCUGUCGUCACGGCGUCCCUACCCCUGGCUGCCGGAGCUUCUGGGGACUGUCAAGCUCGAGAGCGACCUCGUGCAGAACAGCCGUCUGCCACAUCCAGCACCGAAAUUGCGAGAAACGGUCUUCCGUUUCUCGCAAUUUUAGAGAAAGCUUCAGAUAUCUGGCAAGGAUGAUUUUAAGCACCAAUGCGGCCAAUUGUCUUCACUCCGAAGCAUAGCUUGUUUAGUAACCAUAGCCAACAUCUCACAGCCUCUCUGUCUUCGAGAGAAUAGUGCUGGCAACGGGGAGUUUGCGUCGUCUUCGUUCCAUGAAGUUGAGGGUGCCCGAUUUAACCUGUUUCAACCGUCGUCGGAGCUGGAAUUUUGUACCCUCUGUGACUGCCAUAGAUGGUUCCAACGUCUGAAAAGCAUUCGUUGUGUAAUGUGUUGGAUUGUUUCAACUUCGGUGUCCGCUGAAGUAUUUGCGUGCUCGGCGGUAAAGCCGUUGCCUGGGUGUUGGUGGGCAAGUCGUUGGGAACUCCAGCAGCCACGAAUUUGGACACCGAGACGCCCACUUUUGUCCGACUGCUGUGCCGCCGCUUCUUACGGACACUCAAGCACAGAAUGCUAAACGGAACGGUCGAAAACAUUUACCACGUAUACCAUAGCGGGAAUAAGUUCCGAGGCAGAAAUCAAAAAUCGAAACGGUCGUCAUGACACGAGGUGUUCAGUGCUGUGCAAGAGCUGGUUCACACAUCUGUGUUGGUUGCGUUAGCAAGCAACCGAAACGACAGCAACGACAAAGUUACAGGGACAAGUGGUUGCCGUGCUGUGCCAGGGGUAGCUUCGCAAAGCAAUCCACGAGUCACGGUUGUUGUAGUUUUCGUCAUUACGGUCGUUUCGGUUGCAUGAGUACACAAUCGUUGCAAAUGUGUGAACCAGCCCCUAUUUUUAGCAGAAUAUGAAGUGCCUCGUGGCAGUGUCAAGAGAUCUGAAAAUGCUGCUACUCAGCUAGGGAUCUAAUUUGUUUAGACACUGACACUUGUUUCUACUCAAACUGGGAGAUGUAUGCAUGAACUGAGUACUGGUGUGUCCAGUGGUGUUUUUUCAAGUAAGAAGUUUGACUUUUGAUGUCACUUUGAUGCAUCACAGAUUUUAUCUACAUGCAAAUGGGAUAACUCUGUGAUCUGAGAGUAUGAUUACAUUUGCAGUUGGUGUGCAGACAAUACAACGAAGCUCAAUGUUUUUGGGACCCUGCAAUAAACCAUGAAAACUGGAAAGAGAAAUUUGACA